CCCCAGCCCGGCGGGGCCGCGGGUGCCGCGGCAGCGGACGGGGCAGGGCCGGGCGCCGGGGAGCGGCGGGCAGCGCCAUGGGGCUGGAGACGGAGAAGGCGGACACCCGCAUCUUCAUGGACGACGAUAACUUCCCGCGCAGCGGCGGCCCCGCGCUCUCGGAGGCGGAGAAGUGCGCGGAGGACGAGCUGGACCGCGACCCCCACGGGAUGAACUCCCACCUCCAGCUGGAGUUCGAGGAUGUGAUCGCGGAGCCCGAGCUAACCCACUCCUUCGACAAAGUCUGGAUCUGCAGCCACGCUCUCUUUGAGCUCAGCAAGUACCUGAUCUACAGGCUCCUGACGCUGGUCCUGGCCAUACCGUUGGCCCUGGUGGUGGGGAUCCUCUUCGCCGUGCUCAGCUGUCUGCACAUCUGGAUUGUGGUGCCUUUUGUGAAAACCUGUCUCAUGGUCUUGCCUUCAGUGCAAACUGUGUGGAAGAGCCUGACAGAUGUAUUCGUCGUGCCAUUCUUUCAGAGCAUAGGCCGAUGCUUUGCCAUGGUUAAUAUACGCCUGGACCAAGAGUAAACAUCAGGGAUGAGACACUGCUGUAAUUAUAGCUGGUGUUAUACCUCUUUGCUAUCCUAACAUAAAAGCACUUACCAUUCGUUCCAAACUGCUAAAUUACAAUGGCUGGUUUAAGUGGGAACAUGCUAUUUUUUCUAAAACUCAUUUUCUUCAGGGAGAUCAGUUUAAGAAUAAGUAGGCAGUUUUCAUAGCUCACUAUUUUAACAACAGAGUGAAUGCAGAGUGUGUUGGCAACACUUUAUUUUAAUGGUACGUUGGUUGCUAGAUUACAGGAGAAUUCUUGUGGAGGUUUAACAGCCAUUAGAGUAAUAAAGAUUUGUGUUAUUACUAUAACUUUACUAUAACUUUCACCUUAGGUGAAACAUCUAUAGAGUUUCCCAUUGACUUUAUGAUAAGUCCACCAAGGAUGAUUUUGGCCCUUUAUUAUCAGCAGUUAAAAUGAAUGUGACUCAUUGCAUAGGCAUAUAGAGAAAGGAACUGUUGGGUAAUUCUCCUAUAUUGGGGAGAAAAAGCUCUCUGGAAGUUUAUCCCUUAAAAUAAGGUGUUAGCUAAUAAUUUGGAACAUCAGCUAAUCUGUGUAUUUUAUUUAAUGAUAGGUUAAUUUUGCUGUAUAUUUUGUACCUUUGUAAAUGGCACUUGAUGGAUUUUCUUUGAAGCAUUAUUUCUAUAGUAUUUUAAUUCUAACCAACUUAAUAGGCAGCAAGAGUGAGACACUGCAAAAAUUACUUCAGAUAACUAAAAUUUCAGUUUCUAAAUUAUGUAGAUUUUUAAGUGUUGCUGUGCAAUUCUAGUAUAUUCAUUAAACAUGGUUGUAUGUAAAAGCAAAGAUUAUAAGUUUUUUCAUUCAAGAUUAUGCAAAAGAUUUUGAAAUAUCUGUGUAUGAUAAAUGUUUUUUAUUAAAAAUGGGGUGUAGUAAUUGCAACCCUGCCUAUUUCUGUGUAUUCUCCAUGGGAAGAUUGUGAUAUUUAAAAUGAUAGACACUAUGCUGGCACUUUAACUAUGUAGCAAGCUCUUAUAGAAGGCAAGUGAGUCUAAUUGAUGUCUUUGUCUAAUUCUCCUCACCUGUUGACUGUCCAUGUUGCUUAUUUACUACUUCAAAGCCUAACCCAUAAAAAAGCCCUUCUUCCUUCUGCACCUAAUAUGGCUUUGUAAACCAGAAUAACAAAACGUAUGCAGAGGUACAUUGAAAUUACAUUAGCCUUCUGAUGGGCUUGUGCUGCUGUUCUCUUUAAUUAUUGAUAAGUUGCAAUUGUAAAAUGUUUGUAUGAUUUAGAAUGUUAUUUUCUAAAACCAUGUCACAGAUUUCCUAUCAAACAAGAAGUACAUAAUGAAAUAAUAAAACAUCAGCUUUUUCAACUUCA